AUGUCGGGCCGCAAGCUGGGCGGCGGCCGCAUCUUGGGUAGUGGCAAGGGACUCGCUCCCCCGACACCUCCGAAUGCGAAUGCGCCGCGAGUUGGAAGCCCGCUAGCGGCCUCUGAGAGUACCGUGUCGAUAGGUUCAUCGUCCAUCUCGCCGCCUGUCAGUGGGAUAGCAUCAGAACUCGCUGGCCCGGCCAUCGGCGACAGCAUCAGCGUUGGGGUCCAAGGCAAAGGCCCGGCCGAUGGCACACUCCAGAUGACGCUGUUGCAGCUGAACCGACACAUCGACGACAAUCACCAAGAACUACCCGAGGAAGAGCAAGACGAAGUUAAGACAUGGUUCGAUAAGCAAGUCCUCAAGGCGAAGCGAUUCCAGCCCCUCUCCCUCAUCAACCAGAAACUACGAGGUCUCGAUGUCUUUGAAUCAAACGAAUCCAGUCCUGUACCGCCCUCCAUCGCCGCUGCGAAGAGCCCCCUCGAAGGCCCCAUCGACCCCGACGAACUCAUCACACGCCAACAUUGGCAACGAUCGACUAGCUACGAUCAAUGUACCGACCCAACAUGCGGCCGAAGUUUAGGACCGAUAAACGGGAGCAUCAACUGCAGACAGUGCGGGCGACUGUUUUGUGAGGAACAUACUAUGUACCAAAUGAAGCUGAGCCGCAGCGCGACUCAUGAACCGGUCCGAGGAUACUGGGCGAGAGUAUGCGAGACAUGCUUUAAAUCAAGAGAAGGAUACAACGAUCACGAGGGCUGUUUUACGGACCACACCAAAAUGCUUUUUGAACAGAGGAGGAAGAAAGUAGAACGACAGAAUCUGGAAAUUUCACGACUCGAAAAACGCUUGACAAAGCUCACGCGGUUAUUAGCAAACCCCCCCGAAAAGAUCACACAAUCAACCGGCUCUUUGCUCUCGCCAGUCACGUCUUUAGCAGGCCAGAAGAACGCACGGAAACUCAUCGAACAAUCUGUCGUAACUUGGGAAGAAGAUGCCAACGUCCACAAGUGCCCGUUCUGCCAGCAGGAUUUCGGUUCUUGGACGUUUAGAAGACACCAUUGUCGGGUAUGUGGCCGCGUGGUGUGUGGUGAUCCGCAAACAGGCUGUUCUUCUGAAGUUGGACUUGAUAUCUCGAGUGGUGUCAAUGGAUCGACAACUACUAACCAUGCAACCGAGAAACCUCCUUCAACCUCAAACCCUGGCCAAGUCAGCGUCGAUAUUCGAAUGUGUCGAGAAUGCAAGCAUACCAUUUUCUCGGCCCGCGACUUUACGGCUUCUCUUCAGCAUAAACCACCGGACCAGCGUGCAUACGAGACUCUGCGGCAGUUUGAGCGAGGCAUCCAACAACUGCUUCCGGGAUUCCACCGCGCGCUUUUGAACCUGCAGCCAGAGAAGAACGACACGGGAGAAAUCGAUCUUAACAAGCCACCACCGACGCAUGCGCAGAUCCAGGAGGCGGCCAAGAUACGAAAACGUCUUGUCGACAGUUUUGGCAAGUAUGGCACUGCCGCCAAGCGUCUGCGUGACCUUCCCUCGGAUAGCGCCACGCAGCGUCGUCUUCAAAUGGCCAUCUACACGUAUGCCAGCAGUUUCCUUCAUACGAACAUGCUGCCGCUCAAGAGUCUCCCACAAUUACUCCGCUCACGGUCAUCUGCCUCAUCUGCCACGGCCGUGUCCUCAUCCCGCCUCCUCGCACACACGCACUCUGGACUCCGGCACUCAGAACUUGCCGACCCCGAUACAGCAUCUCAGGCGCCGAGUGAGGGUAGCACAGUGGUUAGCCAGCUUGAGGCAGAGGAAAAGGAGCUACGGGAGAAGCUGGUUGUCUUGGAAGAGCAACGCUUCAUGGUUCAGGCAAUGGUCAAGACGGCACAUGGCUCGAGGCGUUUCGAAGAGGUUAGCGCCCUGUCGAGAAACGUGGACGAGCUGGAUGCCGAGAUCAAGGUGCUCAAGGGCAAGGUAGGGGGUGUAGAAGAACGGUGGGAGGGUGUAUACCGGAACGGCAUUGCUUAG